AGCGGACAGCCAAUCAGCGGGCGGCCCGGCCCGGAGGAACGGCGGCAGCAGCGGUGAGGGAGCGCCGGCCGGCGUGAGGGUUGAGGUCAGUUGGAAGUCGCUGUUCUAGGAACUGAAAAUGCCGGGUGGGAUUACAGAAACGGGGGAGUUGUACUCUCCAUAUGUGGGGCUCGUGUACAUGUUUAACUUGAUCGUUGGCACAGGAGCAUUGACGAUGCCGCAGGCCUUUGCUGUAUCUGGCUGGGCUGUAAGCCUUGCCCUCCUUAUCUUCUUGGCAUUUAUGAGCUAUAUGACCACGACUUUUGUCAUUGAGGCCAUGGCAGCAGCAAAUGCACAUAUAUGCUGGAAGAAGAGGGAGAGGCAACGAAUAGUGGAUGAUAGUGAUGCCUCUUCAGAUUCCUAUGAUGAUGAUGAUGAUGAUAAGAGUGAGAUUGGGAUGCUGGAUGGUCACGAGCGGUCAGAGACGAGACCUAUUCUCUCAGUGCAAAGAACCAGCACGUACAAUGCCUUUGACAUUGUGGAACGAAUAGAAAUGGGUCAGAUGGCUUCCAUGUUCUUCAAUAAAGUUCUCUUGAAGUUGUCGCGUGGUGAAGAUCGUGCCUACCGUGUCACCAGAGUGGGAGUCAACAUGUUCUACAUCUGCAUCAUAAUCUACCUCUAUGGGGACCUGGCUAUCUACGCAGCCGCUGUCCCAUAUUCCCUCACAGAAGUUGUCUGUGGUAAUCAGUCAUGCAGUGCUGUCAGCAAAGUAAAGCCCAACGAUACAGACCCAUGCUGGGGAUCAAUUAGACGCAUCGAUGCCUACAGGAUCUUCUUGACUGCAUUUUCAUUGCUGCUUGGACCAUUCACCUUUUUCAAUGUGCAAAAGACCAAAUACCUUCAGAUUAUCACCUCCCUGAUGAGAUGGAUAGCUUUUACAAUCAUGAUCAUUCUGGCUUUGAUCAGGAUUAGUAAAGGGAGAGGAGAGGGUCAUCCCCAGAUCGCCAACUUCUCUGGAAUCCCCAACUUGUUUGGUGUGUGCGUCUAUUCCUUCAUGUGUCAACAUUCUCUGCCCUCCCUCAUCACCCCCAUCAGUAAGAAGAAGCACAUGAACGCGUUGGUCCUGGUUGACUAUGUGCUCAUCCUGGCCUUCUACAGCCUACUGUCUUUCACCGCCAUCUUCUGCUUCAGUAAUCUGAAGGACAUGUACACCCUCAACUUCACUAGCAACUGCGAUGUCGUCAGUGUGCCCUUUAUCCGCUACUUCUUGGGGCUCUUCCCAGUUUUCACAAUCAGCACAAACUUUCCAAUAAUUGCAGUUACCUUGCGUAAUAACUGGAAGACUGUCUUUCACAGGGAAGGGGGAAUGUAUCCAUGGCUAAUUGACCGGAUUGUCUUUCCCCUGAUCACUAUUGUUCCUGCCAUCCUGGUGGCAUUCUGCACCCAUGACCUGGAGACUCUUGUGGGCAUUACUGGUUCUUAUGCAGGCACAGGCAUUCAGUACAUCAUCCCUGCCUGUUUGGUCCACUUCAGCAGAAAGGACAUUGAACUGGUCUUCGGAAGUGAUGCUCAAAAUAAGCACAGCUCGCCCUUCAAGCACACUUUCUGGGUCCUGUUUGUGCUGGUGUGGUCAGUGUCCUGCUUCAUAUUUGUAACAACCAACAUUGUACUGAUGGAAACCAAGCACUGAGCACUUGCACUGUCUGAAAGGACACCUACCCUGCCUAUCAGAUUUAAAAACCCUAAUUUGCUCUCAUUGCAUCACUGAAUGCCUUCACUGUGGCUAAAAUGUGCAGAUUUUGCGGGUCACCACAUCAUGCUAGCCAGUUGCUGUUUUGCAAAUCAACAUGUAAAUCUUUCUUUCCCUCCCCCUCAGAGUACUGAUCCAGUUUAGUUUUGACAGUUUGGGAGUAAAUGGUGUCAGAUUUUUAACUUGGGCAGUUUAUAAAUUAACUGAGCAGCUUCUUGUAAAAGGAAUCAUGUACAGUAUUAACCCUGGAGUGAUUCACCACUGGUCCAGCUUUGAAUGCGUCAGCCAAUGGCCUGUGCUUUUCCAGUUGAGGAAUGUUCUUGUAAACCAAGACCAUUUCCUUAUGGUUUACAAUUGGUGACAAUCAAGCAAGAUGGCUCUAGACAGUAUAGCUGUAAACCUCAGCUGUAAAAGCUGUGGAAUGUAAAAAUCUGUAAAGCAUUUGGUGCAGUUUGUGGGAUGAAGCAGCUUCUAGCUGAAAUGACAACCUGACAUUGUUGCUGGAUAUAUCCUAGCACCUGUUAACCUGCCUGAGGCUCACUUGGAUGUAAAGGGAUGAUGUUUUCCAAAGAAUGUGCAGACUCCAGUAUCCCUUAGCUGCUCACCUGUCAGGAAGUACAGGUUGCUCCUGGUGCAGCAGUUCUUGGUGAACUCUACAUGUCCAAUUUAUGUCCACCUUCCUGGUAUAGCCUCCUGCCCUUAAUAAUCCAGGAUCUGGGGACCCCAGUAACCCACUGCUCAACUUUCCUCCAGUGCCUUGUACUCUGUCUGUGAGGAGACGUGCUUUGUUUACUCAGACCGUUCAGCUGUGCCUAUUUUUUAAACUCUCUCGUUUUGGAGAGACAGGGAUGUGUGAAAGGGAUGGGAUGGUGGCCCUGCUGGGUGCUCCUCUCCAAGCUGCCAGACUGGGCUGUACCAUGAACAGUGCAGGCAGCCCUGGGUUCGCCACCCAAUCACCAGCCUCUGCUCUCAGUUGCAGUUUUGUCUCAACCUUCACCCCGUUGCUGGUCCCAGAAUGCAUUGUUUUGCAUGGGAAGAGUAAAUAAACAGCUAUGAAUAUUGCAGGUGAAAGAGAGGUUUUGUUUUUCAGCACUCAGUACCAAUGUAUAUAUAGUUCCAAUGUAUAUAUAGUUCUGCAUCCCCUGUUCUAAUUGUACAGUAAAGUAUUUGGAACUUACUUGUCUGUCUUGUUGUUAAUCAUUAACACAACCUUCACUCUCCUGAUUCAGUAAACCUUUGCAUGGACCCUGCAGAGCCCAGUGAUAACACAGGUUCACCCACAAUGACAACUAGCUGGGCAUGGC